UUAUAACAGCGACGGCUGGGUUCUCCUCCGGGCUGCGGGAACCUGUUGCUCCGUAGUUCCGUGUUGUGCAAUGGACGGCAGUGUCCACCACGAUAUUACAGUUGGUACAAAGAGAGGAUCUGACGAGCUUCUGUCCUGCGUCUCCAACGGCCCGUAUAUCAUGAGCACUGCAGCCAAUGGCAACGACAGCAAGAAGUUCAAAGGUGACAUAAGAGGCCCCGGGGUGCCGUCCAGGGUCAUCCACGUCCGCAAGCUUCCCAACGACAUCAACGAGGCCGAGGUCAUCUCGCUCGGCCUGCCCUUCGGAGCCGUCACCAACCUGCUGAUGCUCAAAGCCAAGAACCAGGCCUUCAUCGAGAUGAACUCAGAAGACGCAGCCCAGACCAUGGUGGGCUACUACUCCACCAUGACCCCCGUCAUCCGCAACCAUCCCAUCUACAUCCAGUUUUCCAACCACAAGGAGCUGAAGACCGACAACUCCCCCAACCAAGUGCGGGCCCAGGCCGCCCUGCAGGCCGUCAGUGCGUCCCAGGCGACGGGUCUGGACGCCGCCGUGGCUCCGAGCCCCGUGCUGCGGGUGGUGGUGGAGAACCUCUUCUACCCCGUCACCCUGGACGUCCUGCACCAGAUCUUCUCCAAGUUUGGUACGGUGCUGAGGAUCAUCACCUUCACCAAGAACAACCAGUUCCAGGCUCUUCUUCAGUACCCAGACGGACUGACCGCCCAGCACUCUAAACUGUCUCUGGACGGUCAGAAUAUCUACAACGCCUGCUGCACUCUGCGCAUCAGCUUCUCCAAACUGACCAGCCUCAAUGUCAAGUACAACAACGACAAGAGUCGCGACUACACCCGGCCCGACCUGCCCACCGGGGACAGCCAGCCCGCCAUGGAGCACCCGGCCAUGACCGCCGCCUUCACUCCAGGGAUCAUCUCUGCGUCGCCGUACGCCGGGGCGACUCACGCCUUCCCGCCGCCCUUCACCAUCCAGCAGGCAGUGUCCUCCCCCUGUCCAGGGCUGACGGUCCCGGCUCUCCCCGGGGCCUUGGCCUCCCUGUCUCUGCCCGGGGCCGCCAGGCUCGGAUUCCACCCCCUCCCCGCCGGACACUGUGUCCUGCUGGUCAGCAACCUCAACCCCGAGAGAGUUACGCCCCACUGCCUCUUUAUUCUCUUCGGUGUUUACGGCGACGUGAUGAGAGUGAAGAUCCUGUUCAACAAGAAGGAGAACGCUCUGGUCCAGAUGUCGGACAGCACGCAGGCCCAGCUAGCCAUGAGUCACCUGAACGGCCAGCGGCUGCACGGGAAGCCGCUCCGCAUCACGCUGUCCAAACACACCAGCGUGCAGCUGCCCCGCGAAGGCCACGAGGACCAGGGCCUGACCAAAGACUACAGCAGCUCGCCACUGCACCGCUUCAAGAAGCCCGGCUCCAAAAACUACUCCAACAUCUUCCCCCCCUCUGCCACCCUGCACCUCUCCAACAUCCCCCCGUCUGUGGUGGAGGAUGACCUGAAGAUGCUGUUUGGCAGCUCAGGAGCCAUGGUCAAGGCCUUCAAGUUCUUCCAGAAGGACCAUAAGAUGGCUCUGAUCCAGAUGGGCUCGGUGGAGGAGGCCAUCGAGUCGCUCAUCGAAUUCCACAACCACGACCUGGGAGAGAACCACCACCUGCGGGUCUCCUUCUCCAAGUCCUCCAUCUGAGCUCCCGCCUCCUUCCCUGACUCCUCCUCCUCUUCCUCCUCUUCCUCCUCCUCCUCCUCCUCCUCCUCCUCGGCUCCGUUCACAUCACAGGCCUUCCUGCUGGAUCCCAGUUUUCUUUUCCCUGCCUUCCCUGUCCUCUUUCCCGUUUGCAAAGUGACUGACAGUCUGGACGGACUUCUGCCCCGUUCCCCGACAGCUGAUGAUGAUGAUGAUGAUGAUGAUGAUGAUGAUGAUGUCAUCACAGCACAUUGUGGAGUCCGGCGGCGGUCUGAGACUGUUGCUGUUGUGGUGUGAGGUCAGAUCUGUGGACUGAGAGAAACCACAUGAACUGCGAUGUGAUGUCACUUCCUGUAUGUGGCGCCGCACAGCCCCACCGCUCCUGUCCUGAGGAAGAAGAAGAUCCCGUGUGUGUAGCAUGUUCAGAAAGUCAGCUUGGGUCCAGCGGCGCUUGUGGUGUGAACGCAGCCGAGCGUGAACCCCCCCUUCCUGUCAGCCGUCUGUCAGGAACCUUCAUCUGGAGGUUCAGGCUCACCUCUCUGUCAGUCUUUUGUGCGAGUCAGCUGGUUUGCUGGGCGGGGCAGGAAGUGAUGGGCGAGCCAUGCGCCUGUCAGCUGACCAGCCGGGCCGCGUCACGUCAGAUGAUCCCUGUGCCUUAUUUCCUGGAGUCGGAUCCACUUUAAGUUUUACAUGAGAAAAAAAAAAACCAGAAAACAGAAAACUCCACCAUGCCUCUGUGUGAUUUGGCAACGAGCAGGUUUACAGCUGAUAAAGGUUUACUGUUAAUGAGAUGUAUUCCAGAUAUAUCCAUAUUUUCUGUGUAUUUUCCUGGUGUUUCAGUACUUUGUUGUAGUGUUUUGUACAUGUACUGCUGGUUACUGUAGUGUGGAACAUGUGAACUGAUUCUCUUUAGCGGGUUUGCUGGGUCCUUAGUCUUGUUUUAUUUUGAUUUUUAGAUGAAAUUCUUUUUCCAUUCCUUUUGAUUUCUAUAUUUCCAUGUAUGCAAUCACUUUUUAUUCAAAUCAAAUAUUGUAGCAAUAUUUUAAUCAUUCCUGAUCUUUUUUUGUGGCCUCUGUUUCUGUCGUGUUCUGAUUGGAUUUGUGAAUCAUGAUUAGCUUGUCUUGUCUCUUGCAGUGCCUCUCUGAUUGGUCUAUUUAUGAGUUUGUGAUCCACUACAGCUAAAACCAAAAAGGCCUUGUAGAUGCAAACAAAUCCGCCUGCCUCAGGUUCCUGGUUAAAGGACUAAAAGACGAGAAAAGAUUUGCUGGUGUUUUCCUGUGGGGACAUUUUUAACUUCUCGACCGCUUCACUGGAUUCGGCGCGCCCCCGGCGGGUCGGACGCGGCGGCGCGCCGCCCGGCGGGUCGGACGCAGCGGCGCGCCCCCGGCGGGCCAGACGCGGCGGCGCGCCCCCGGCGGGUCGGACGCGGUGACGCGCCCCCGGCGGGUCGGACGCGGCGGCGCGCCCCCGGCGGGUCGGACGCGGCGGCGCGCCCCCGGCGGGUCGGACGCGGUGGCGCGCCCCCUGCGGGUCGCGCGGCGGCGCGCCGUCGGCCUCUGUCGCAGAAGCAGACGUGUGGAGUGCCUUCAACUCAGAUCAGGCAUUUAAUUCCUUUUUAUUCUGAAAUGAAAAGUUGAGAAACGUGAAACCGGGAGCCGCUGGUUUGUUUCUGUUCGUCUUAACGUUUCAUGUCGACAUUCCGGCUCUGUUACAGUCCAGCUUCACUUUCCACGCGGCGGCCGCGCGCUCGCCGUUUCCACUGAACAAGCUGCUGAGUAUCAGAUGAACAGUACUGCUGCAUUCAUGUCCUCUGGGAGCCACGGGAAAUACAAGUUUCCAGUUUCACAUCUCAGAUUUCGCCCUCAACAGGGAUGAAACAAUUACAAAACUUACAAUACCAUUACUCGUUUUUACAGCAGAAAAUGAAGGAUUUUCCUCCGUGAUGGCGGCUCUUUACCGCCAUCUGGAGGUGAGGUUUGCGGGCGACGGAAAAACAUGAAAAGAAUCAGGAUCAACCAAAGUUUGCAGAGCGACUCGGUUCAAACACGCGCACGCCACGGUCUUCUGACUGUUUUUCCCAGGCGACAUGAAUGCGUGAUGAACACACAGGAAGCUGGAGUGUGUGUCGUACUGUUCUUCUUAACGAGGUGGAAGUGAGGGUGGGGGUGAAGGAUAAACUGUACAUAAUUGUUUUAUACCAGUUAGUUCCAGAGAGGUAGUGUUGGUUUUAUAUCUGAUGAAACGUGUAUAUUUUGAUUAAAGUGGGACAGUCUGAGCCUUACACUGUUUGUGUCACAAAACAAAUUAAAUCACUUUAUUACAAACGUC